AUGGGCUGGUUUGAAUAUAAAUACCUCUUUGGACCUAAUGGUAUUGAUUCAUCUGGGGGAAUUGUUUGUUACAAAAGAUUUAUUGACGAUCUUAUAUUUCUCACCAAAUUUAAUUCCUCAGAGGCACAGAGAUUUGUUGGAUAUCUUAAUUCUUGCAUCCCUGAGAUCAAGUUUACAUAUGAAUGGCAAAAGCACAAAAUACACUUCUUGGAUGUGGAGUUGGUCAUUGAUGGGAAUUCUGAUAAAGUUGAAACUCAAUUGUUUCGUAAACCAAUAGCUGGAAAUUCAAUCCUACAUUCUUCCAGCUCUCAUCCAAGACAUGUGUUCCAGGGUAUAGCGAAAGGACAGUUCCUUAGAAAUCGUAGAAUUUGCUCAAAUGAACAAGUAUUUAACUCUGAGUCAACUUCAAUCCUCAAGCGGCAGAAGCAGUUAAGACAGAAGAAUGUUCGCUUUGACCAGGUGACGGUCUACUACUUCUCUCGCCGACAAGGUUUCACAAGUGUGCCAAGUCAAGGUGGUAGCUCACUGGGUAUGGCACAGCGCCACAAUUCUGUGCAGAAGUAUACACUCUGUGAGUUUGCUCAGGAACAGGAGGUUACUCACCGGGAAAUCCUGAGGGACCACCUCAAAGAAGAAAAGCUCCACACUCGGAAGAUGAAGUUAACCAAGAAUGGCACAGUAGAAUCAGAGGAAGCAGAAGGCCUCACCUUAGAGGAUGUGUCUGAUGAAGACAUUGAUGUGGACAAUGUAGAGGUGGACGAUUACUUUUUCCUUCAGCCGCUGCCUACCAAGAGACGCAGAGCUCUGCUCAGAUCCGCAGGAGUUCAUCGGAUAGAUGCUGAGGAAAAGCAGGAGCUCCGAGCCAUCCGUCUCUCAAGAGAGGAGUGUGGCUGUGACUGUAGACUGUACUGUGAUCCAGAAGCGUGUCCCUGCAGUCAGGCUGGGAUUAAGUGUCAGGUGGACCGUAUGUCUUUUCCAUGUGGAUGUUCUCGGGAUGGAUGCAGUAAUAUAGCUGGACGCAUAGAAUUUAAUCCCAUCCGAGUAAGAACUCAUUACCUCCACACAAUCAUGAAGUUAGAGCUGGAGAACAAACGCCAGCAACCUCGAACACAGCCGCCCGAGGAGGAGAUUCCCCACGGUUCCCUUGGAAUUUCUCCUCAUCAUGAGACACAGGACUUUCAACAAUUUAUUGCUGAAAACUAUCAUCUGGAGAAUGAAGCUGCAGUACGACAUCUGCAAAGUGCAGAGGAACGUCAGAGACUGUUGGAUGAGGGAGAUGAAGCUUCUAGUGGAUCUAGCCUCAGUCUGGACUCCAGUGUGGAGAGUCUUGAGGUUUGUCUUAUGGAGACACCUAUUUCACUGCCAUCAUCCACCUGCAAUUCCACCAUCUCUCCUGUCUUAAUAUCCGCUGGCCCUUCACUCCUCUGCUUUUCAGAUGAGGAUUCUGGGAGGCCAGCAUCUCCCGCAGACUAUGCAGAUGAAGGUGUAAGCUGUGUGUAUGACCACACCCACAGUAACCUAGAUCCUUCUCAAAUAGUAGAAUCUUCUCACCUUCAAGCUGCUGAGCCUAGAGUCUCAUUAAAAGUAGAAGCAGAGAAUUGCACAAUGACCAGCUGCUCUGUGGAGGGUGAGCCAGUGACACAUCCUACUGGGAUGGCCUCUAACUUUGCAGAGGGUCACUCUGUAUCUGUAACACAGUCAGAACAUGAAUCUGUGAAUGAGGAGGGCAAUAUACAGGGGACUUCUGACAGCCAAACCCCCAGGUCUGGUCACGAUCCUUCUGCAAAGGAUGCUCUGACUGUGUGAAUCUUUGCAGUUAUUUUGCACAUGCCGCUUCUCCCUUCCCUUUCUAUUUACUUAUCUCAUGCUUCUUCAUUGUCUUACAACCCCCAACCACAUCGGUAAUAGUUCUCUCUGUAUCAGGUUUGUCUUUGUAUUUCAUUUUAUAGUUUGUUUGUUCUCUGUAUCUGUGUGGGGGGGAAACACUCCUUAAGUUAUAUAAACUCUGCCUUUUUAGUUUUUUGGGGGGUAUUAGAUGUUUUAUUUUUAGCCCAGAAUGGAAAUCAAUAUUUUCUUUGCUUUGUAUUUCACUUCACCUUAAUAGUGACCCAGCUAGAGGGAAUAUUUUUGCUGGAUUUUGUUGCAAUAUUUUCCUUACAGUUUCUUGAAAAGACUUUACCACCACAAGUUUAUUCACAUUAUCAAGAACUUCAGAUAGUAGGGCUACCACCUAAAGAAUUAGUUUUUAUUUUUUUGGGCUGGAGAAAGGCAUCGCUAAGUGGCAAUCUGCAGUGUAAAUCUGUACAAAUUCCUAGCUGUGGAAAACGGUUAUACUUUAUUUCCACCCUAGUCUCUUCUUCCCCUCAACCCUUUGUGCAAGGCACUUUAUUUUAAGGCUGUGACAAGCUGGACUAACGUAUGGAACUUGCUGUCCCUCCAGUUUAAAGCUGCUAAUAUUUUAACCUGGACAAUACAGUGGAACAAGUUGUACAGUUAAAUGUGCUCCAGACUUUCAUUUUGUUUCUUUUACUCACAAGCGAGGGUAGGAAUGUCCAAUUUAUUGCGUAUGGUAUCGCUGGCCACACAUCCGUAAAUACAUAUAUGGAUGCUAGAUUAGAUACAUUAUGCAAGA